GCGGGUGAAAGGCAAGGAAGGGCGGCAGCUGUUGCCCUAGCAACAACCAGGGAGGCCAAAAGCGGGCGCAACCUCGAAAGGAUCGGAGCCUCAGAUCUCUCGCUGCCUGGAAGGUCCUGGGAGAGACGCGAACUAGGCCUGGGAAGUCAGCGCUCGCGGAGAGAGAGACAGGGCCAUGGCUGAGGUGCACGUGAUUGGGCAGAUCGUGGGGGCCACCGGUUUCUCAGAAAAUAGCCUCUUCUGCAAGUGGGGCGUCCACACAGGGGCAGCAUGGAAGCUCCUGUCAGGCAUACGGGAGGGCCAAACGCAGGUGGACACCCCCCAAAUAGGGGACAUGGCCUACUGGUCCCACCCCAUCGACCUACACUUCGCCACCAAAGGCCUCCAAGGCUGGCCCCGGCUCCAUCUCCAGGUUUGGUCCCAGGACAGCUUUGGCCGCUGCCAACUUGCAGGCUAUGGCUUUUGCCAUGUACCCAGCAGUCCAGGCACCCACCAGCUGGACUGCCCCACGUGGCGGCCCUUGGGCAGCUGGCGGGAGCAGCUGGCACGGGCCUUUGUGGGUGGUGGGCCUCAGCUGCUGCAUGGGGACACCAUCUACAGUGGGGCUGACCGCUAUCGCCUGCACACAGCUGCCGGUGGCACCGUGCACCUCGAGCUGGGUCUACUGCUGCGCCACUUUGACCGCUAUGGUGUUGAAUGCUGAGGGACCCUGCCUCGCUGGCCCCCAUCCCCACCCUGGACACCCAGUGAGUGCAGGAUGGCACAGUGGUCAGAAGCGUGGGCUCUGGAAACCGUCAGACCUGCCCCAAGCCAAGGCAUGUAAGACUUCUGUCUUGGCUAGCACCUCAAGCCCAGUAGCUGUCCCUCUGGGGCCUAGUUUCCCUAUCUGUGAAAUGGAGACAGCAAGUGUGUGGGGUGCCAGGGCUUUGGGGGAGAAGAGGCUGCCUUGCAUAUGGAAAUGUUCAAUAAAGGAAAGCAGUUCUGA